AUGGCGACGAACCCGGGCGUCCUCUGCCACGCUCCCCGACCCUCGCCUGCGUCAACGGUCGCCGCCCCGUCGCAGUCCCUCUUUCCCUCCUCCGCCUCCGUACCCAUUCCCCAGUCGACCCAGUGCAGCCGCCUCGCCGCAGCUCCACCACCACGACGUUGUGUAGCUAGUCCUACCAUUGCUAAUGCGAAAGACCAAACUGAGGCCGAAGUUGCAAUGGGGUACACAAUGACCGAAAUCUGCGACAAAUUCAUUGAGUUCUUCAUGUAUACGAAACCAGAAACAAAGGACUGGAGAAAGUUAUUGGUGUUUAGAGAGGAGUGGAGAAGGUAUAGGGGGCACUUCUACAAGCGCUGUCAAGUGCGCAUAGAUAUGGAGACUGAUCCUUCAUUGAAACAAAAGUUGGUUGUACUUGCUAGAAAAGUUAAGAAGAUAGAUGAUGAAAUAGAGAAGCACAUGGAACUCUUCACUGAGCUCAGAGAGAACCCUGCUGAUAUUAAUGCUAUUGUUGCAAGACAAAGGAAGGAUUUCACUGGGGAGUUCUUCCGCCAUCUUAACUUCAUUGUGAAUGCUUAUAAUGGCCUUGAUGAGCGAGAUGGAAUAGUCAGGCUUGGGGCCAAAUGCUUAUCUGCAAUUCAUGCAUAUGAUUGCACACUGGAACAGUUGGAUAUCGAAUCUGCUCAGUUGAAGUUUGAUGAUAUACUGAAUUCCUCUUCACUAAAUGGUGCUUGUGACAAGAUCAAAAGCUUAGCCAAGGCUAAAGAACUUGAUUCAUCUCUAAUUCUUCUCAUUAACAGAGCUUGGACUGCUGCAAAAGAAUCUACAACUAUGAAUGAUAAGGGUUUAGUGAGCCUUCGUAAAAAUGUAGACAAGACUAGGUGUAGCAAAUAUCAUGGUCAAGGACAUAAUGUUAUUUAUACAACUACAAAAGAAAGCCUCAAGAGCAUCUCACCUCCGGAGAUGAAGCUUCUGAAGUAUUUGCUGAAUAUUGAAGAACCUGAAGAGAGAUUUGGUGCUCUUGCAACUGCUUUCUCUCCCGGAGAUGAGCGUGAAGCCAAGGACGAAGAUGCUCUUUACACGUAA